CAAUCGCAAACUCCAGAGUCUGUCUAGAUGCUUGUUCAAUAAUUGAAAUUAUUUGUACCUAUACUAGUAUUAUUAUAAUAUUGUAAUAAAACAACGCGCACAGUCUUCUCCCGACAGAGUAAUAAUAACGACAAUAAUAUUCUCCAUCCCGCACAAACGCAAUCAACGCGCGAAAUGAUUUCGUCGACAUUUUACAUAACGUUGGUGUUCGGUAUUGCGAUGUUGAUUUCAUGUGGCUACGGGACAUUUACGACGGAACAAAUCGGUUAUUACGGAAAAGCUUGCAAUGCCAGCGAAGAUGACCUCGUCGUAGUCAAAUCCUACAAGGUACCAUCUACAGAAACCGGAAAGUGUCUGAUGAAAUGCAUGAUCACCAAACUAGGACUGCUGAACGACGAUGGUUCGUAUAACAAAACUGGCAUGGAAGCGGGGUUAAAGAAAUACUGGUCAGAAUGGUCUACGGAGAAGAUCGAGACUAUAAAUGACAAAUGUUAUAAAGAAGCUUUACUUGUGUCAAAGGAGGUAGUAGCGACGUGCAAUUACUCGUACACUGUGAUGGCAUGUUUGAACAAGGAGAUGGAUUUCGACAAGUUAACUUGAAACUCUUGAGCAUGUUGAAGAGUGGACCGAAAGAUAGUAGAACGCAAGAAAAUAUUUUUCAUUUUAAAAUCGAUUUAUUUCAAGUGUUAUGAUAAUUUUAAUGCUCAAACACUUAAUAUUAUAAAAUAAAGUAUAUUGUUUUAUAUAACAAACUAUUAUACAAAUAUUAUAUGUAUAUAUAGGUACAAUUAGUUUUUGGUUGUCACACUUUAGAAUUCAUAUGAUAUUGUCUGGUUUUCUUGAUCCGACUACGAUCACCUUGACUCGUUUAUGUAUCGAAUAAAAUUGUAAAAAAGCAUCGGAAUAACAAUUAUCAUUAUACUAACGUUUUAAUAAAAUACUUUUAGGUAGAUAAUUGGUUAAUAAUAAUGACGUGGCGUUUAUUUUGUCGUUCAAAAAAUUAAUG